AGUUAAGAUAUUACAUGAGUGAAGUAUAAAUUAAAACAGUCGUUGCAAUUACACAACCAGCACUCUCUUCUUAAAUAUUGUGUAAAAAACACGUCAAUAAUAAUAUGAAAGGCAUAGCGCUGUUGCUUCUCUGCGCAGCAGUUGCAGCUCAAGCGAGCUCAAGCUGCUCUCUAGAUUCAGUUGGUCUCUUACUGCCUCAUCCAAAAUGCGACCACUACUAUAUGUGCUUCUUUGGCAGUCAAGUGGAACUACACUGCGCAGAUGGUCUCCUAUUUAAUCCUAAACUUCAAGUGUGUGACUGGCCCCACAAUGUAGACUGUGGUGAUAGAAUUAUUCCCAGUAGAAAAUUAGUCUCUAAGAAGAAGAUAGAAAAAGACGUCCGAUCUCCCGCUGAAAUAUGCGCGGCCGAAGGUUCUGAAGGUCUUAUUUUCGACCAUGAAUAUUGCGACAAAUACUACAAGUGCAACCAUGGCAAACCCGUUACCAUGCCUUGCCCUCCUAACCUUCUAUGGUGGGCUCCGUUCUGUUAUUGGGCUGAACAAGUAGACUGUGGUGACAGAAUUAGACCAGAUGGCUUCAGCAGUGGAAACCAAGAGGCAGAAAAAGUCCCCGAGCAAGUAUCUGGAGGAAACAGCGAUCCAAGCCAAGCUCCUGCCAUCUGCGCCGCUGAAGGUUCAGAUGGCGUGUUGGUCGCUCAUGAAAAUUGAAAUCAAUUCUAUAAAUGCUACAGAGGAGAACCUGCAGCAUUGGAUUGUCCGCAAAAUCUUCUUUAUAAUCCGGAAAAGGAAUAUUGUGACUGGGAGUGGAAUGUCGACUGUAGCAAUCGAAUUAAACCAGAUGACAUAAGCGGUGGAAACCCCAAUGAAGAUAAAGACCCCGACCAAGUAUCUGGAGGAAACAGCGAUCCUAGUCAAGCUCCUGCUAUUUGCGCUGCUGAAGGUUCAGAUGGCGUUUUGGUCGCUCAUGAAAAUUGUAAUCAAUUCUAUAAAUGCUUCAGUGGAGAACCUUCAGCAUUGGAUUGUCCACAAAAUCUUCUCUACAAUCCAGAAAAGGAAUAUUGUGACUGGGAUUGGAAUGUUAACUGUGGCAACAGAGUUAUUCCUAGUGAAAAAAUUGUAGCUUUUAUAGCGCUGUUGCUUCUCUGCGCAGCAGUUGCAGCUCAAGCGAGCUCGAGCUGCUCUCUAGAUUCAGUUGGUGCCUUACUGCCUCAUCCAAAAUGCGACCACUACUAUAUGUGCUUCUUUGGCAGUCAAGUGGAACUACACUGCGCAGAUGGUCUCCUAUUUAAUCCUAAACUUCAAGUGUGUGACUGGCCCCACAAUGUCGACUGUGGUGAUAGAAUUAUUCCCAGUAGAAAAUUAGUCUCUCAGAAGAAGAUAGAAAAAGACGUCCGAUCUCCCGCUGAAAUAUGCGCGGCCGAAGGUUCUGAAGGUCUUAUUUUCGACCAUGAAUAUUGCGACAAAUACUACAAGUGCAACCAUGGCAAACCCGUUACCAUGCCUUGCCCUCCUAACCUUCUAUGGUGGGCUCCGUUCUGUUAUUGGGCUGAACAAGUAGACUGUGGUGACAGAAUUAGACCAGAUGGCUUCAGCAGUGGAAACCAAGAGGCAGAAAAAGUCCCCGAGCAAGUAUCUGGAGGAAACAGCGAUCCCAGCCAAGCUCCUGCCAUCUGCGCCGCUGAAGGUUCAGAUGGCGUGUUGGUCGCUCAUGAAAAUUGUAAUCAAUUCUAUAAAUGCUACAGAGGAGAACCUGCAGCAUUGGAUUGUCCGCAAAAUCUUCUUUAUAAUCCGGAAAAGGAAUAUUGUGACUGGGAGUGGAAUGUUGACUGUAGCAAUCGAAUUAAACCAGAUGACAUAAUUGGUGGAAACCCCAAUGAAGAUAAAGACCCCGACCAAGAAUCUGGAGGAAACAGCGAUCCUAGUCAAGCUCCUGCUAUUUGCGCCGCUGAAGGUUCAGAUGGCGUUUUGGUCGCUCAUGAAAAUUGCAAUCAAUUCUAUAAAUGCUUUGGUGGAGAACCUGCUGUAUUGGAUUGUCCGCAAAAUCUUCUCUAUAAUCCAGAAAGGGAAUAUUGCGACUGGCCUGAAAAUGUUGACUGUAGCAACCGAAUUAAACCAGAUGACAUAAGUGGUGGAAAGCCUAACGAAGACAAAGGCCCCGAGCAAGUAUCUGGGGGAAACAGCGAUCCUAGCCAAGCUCCUGCCAUCUGCGCCGCUGAUGGUUCAGAUGGAGUGUUGGUCGCUCAUGAAAAUUGUAAUCAAUUCUAUAAAUGCUACAGAGGAGAGCCUGCAGCUUUGUACUGUGCGCCAAAUCUUCUCUACAAUCCAGAAAAGGAAUAUUGUGACUGGGAAUGGAAUGUCGACUGUAGCAACCGAAUUAAACCAGGUGAUAUAAGCGGUGGAAACCCUAACGAAGACAAAGGCCCCGAGCAAGAAUCUGGAGGAAACAGCGAUCCUAGUCAAGCUCCUGCUAUUUGCGCCGCUGAAGGUUCAGAUGGCGUUUUGGUCGCUCAUGAAAAUUGCAAUCAAUUCUAUAAAUGCUUCGGUGGAGAACCUGCAGCAUUAGAUUGUCCCCUAAAUCUUCUCUACAAUCCAGAAAAGGAAUAUUGUGACUGGGAUUGGAAUGUUAACUGUGGCAACAGAGUUAUUCCUAGCGAAAAAAUUGUAGCUUAGUAGAAAAUCAUUCAAGACGUUGUGAAGGCUUGAUUUUCUCCCACCUAUUAUUGCGACUAAUUUUACAUUUGCAAUCAUGGCAGACCCGUCUUUAACUUCAGUUUUACGGUCCUACUCCGUUCUGUACAUUUACUGUUUUAGUAGACUGUGGAAACAGAAUUAUACCAGAUGACCAGGAGUUGGAGAAAACCACAACGAUUAAUAAAAUAAUAUUGAUUUGUUUCAUUUGAAUGUCA